GACGAGCCUGGGCCGGACUGUCCUGCGCGGCAAUGGGAGCCCGCCGAGCACAGCGGAACUCCUGUCCCCGUGACGCGCUCGCGAAGUUUAUUCCAAAAGCCCGUUUUGCGGGCGAGGGUAGAGGUGGCGGCGGCGCAACCGUCAGCCGCUUGACGAGCCCGCACUCGGCUGGUGGCGCCGCUUUCCGACGGCUCCUUCCCCGCGAGAGAAGCCUCCCGGGCGGAGGAGGGCGGCGGCGGCUGGGGCGUGAACCGGGAAGCGCCCGGCGCUGAGGGCAAGAGGGCGAGGAGCGCCGCGGUUUCCUCGUCCGCCACCUGGGACAGCAAGCAGGGGAGAUGAUGGUGCGGGCGGCCUGCAACAGUGAGUAGCUCAAAAGUUUCUCCCCCCACCCCCAGCCCCGACCUUUUCUGGCCUUUUCGUUAUUUCUAAUCGACCUGUUUCUCGUCAGAGGCUGCGCAAACUUCCGCGGUUGCUGCAGCGCUUUCUUGAUGACGAGACUCGACCCAUCUGCUCCCGGGAACCCAAACUUUUUUGCAGCGCUAGGGUGUUUAAAAAGCGCACCUCUGAGCACGCACAGAGUGCUUUCUCCUCGCUGUUGAGCGGUCGCGGCUCAUCAGGGCGGGGUAUGAGGGGGAAGAAGCCCUGACCCCGUCACGUUUAGAAAUUAACUUCCAUAACGCAGAAGGAUUUCCCACCCAGUCUGCAACUGGGUGCCAGGAACCUGACAGUUAUGUGGGAGGCCCCACCUACUCCCCAUACAUACCCUCAUGGGCUCUAUUUGAACUGGCAUGAUAUCCCGUAGGUUAAAAUAGAGGUUUAUUCAAGCAGAGGCUUAAUGUGCUAAAAGGUUGAGAACCUCUGUUUUAACCUAAGGGACAUUGUGCAUCAGGGGUGCCAACUUGAAUAAGAUAUUGUGGGGCCCAGUUAAGCCUCACCCCAGAUAAUCAAUCGCAAGAUGUGGCAGACACUAUUUGAAUGGCAAUGCCCAUCAACUUGGAGGGGUGGCCUGUGUUGCAAUUUGUGAGCCAAAUGUCUAGCUAAUGAUUCCGUAGCAAUUCCCUUCUAUGUUGCAGAACCAAGAUUGUAUGGGUGCAUUAUAUUGCUCUAUUUCCUGAAUUAUUCUUGGCAACAUUUUGUGUGCAACUUGGGAGUUGUCAGCUCUCCUAAAUCCUUCAGCUAUCCACGCACUACAGAACAAAACGUCCUGUAAGCAACAAUAUUUAUUAUUUCCUUCAUGGGGUGUGCCCAAGCUGCAAUAUUGUUUCUGAGCACUUUUAAAUAAUAAUUUUUUGUUUGUUUGUUUAUGAGUGAUUGGGUGCUCUCUGCUUCAGUCUGUCUCCUGAACCUUUCUAUAUACAGUGGUACCUUGGGUUACAUACACUUCAGAUUACAUACGCUUCAGGUUACAGACUCCGCUAACCCAGAAAUAGUACCUCGGGUUAAGAACUUUGCUUCAGGAUGAGAACAGAAAUUGCGUGACGGCAGCGGGAGGCCCCAUUAUCUAAAGUGAUACCUCAGGUUAAGAACAGUUUCAGGUUAAGAACGGACCUCCGGAACGAAUUAAGUACAUAACCAGAGGUACUACUGUAUAACAAAGCUUUGUGUUCCCCUGUGGAUAGAAUUUGAAGGCACAGGAGCUUCUCCGGAAGCUAUUAAGCUUGCAAUAUCACAGACGAAUAGGCCCAAGAGCUUUUGUGGGGAUAUUAAAGGAAUUCGCUUUAUUAAUAAUCCCUUAUGAGGGCAGGAGCAGGGGUUUGACUCUAGUUCUUUCUUAUCUUAAAAAAUGGUCCCCAAAUGCAUAUUUGGGUUUCUAAAGGGGUAUUGGGUCUGAAAAGGUUUAAGACACCUGAUCAAGAACCUUGUCUGAAGAGUUCUGGGUUGUUGUUUUUAGAGGCUGAGCUGGCCUGAAAUCUGCUGGAUUAUUAGCCAGUCUAACCUGUUGUGCUUUGACAUUGGAUCGUCCAGCCCACCCACUCCCACUGCCUUUUCUGGGAGCAUCUGUUCUGUGUAUGUGGCCAUACUGCUCCAUAAAGCCCCACUAGUGGUUGGUGGAUGUUUAUGCCCUAUGUAGCAAACAAAUCACUGUCUUUGUAUAGAUGAAUCAGGAUGGAUGAACGACAUUGUGCGCUAUAUCCUGCAUUGGCAUUUCUAUAAUUCAUCUAGGGAUAGAUUCCUCUCUUCAUUUCAGAACUCCCUAGAAUGGCAAUGAUAUGUUUUCAGAACUAGAUGGUUGCUGGCUAUUGUAGAAAAGUUGGCCACCAUAAGGUAGCUUUAUGUGCUCUAGCAGUGAGAAAGUUAUGGGCUACUUUUUUAAAACCCAAAACUGUAUUGACUGCCAAGAAGGUUUUAUUUAAUGUAAGUGACUUGGAGAACUUCUACAGUUUCAAGUUUUGACUACUUGCACUUCUGAAAAUGUAUAUGUUUACAUUACUCUUGGAUUGACUUGUUUAUAUUUGUAAGUUACAUUGCAAAGGCGUAUUGCUGCGGGGGGGGGGCAGAAUCUGGCUGGCUAGCUUUUUGGUAGUGCCUUGAGGGUUUCAUAGUUGUGUACAUUACAAGGCAGAAGAAAGUGACGAGUGAGCUCUUUGUAACCCUCCAUAAUGAGUAAAUGGCUAGUAUGUACAGUGGUACCUCGGGUUACAGACUCUUCAGGUUACACACUCCACUAACCCAGAAAUAGUACCUCGGGUUAAGAACUUUGCUUCAGGAUGAGAACAGAAAUCGUGCUCCGGCGGCACAGAGGCAGCUACAGGCCCUAUUAACUAAAGUGGUACCUCAGGUUAAGAACAGUUUCAGGUUAAGAACGGACCUCCAGAACGAAUUAAGUUCUUAACCGGAGGUACCACUGUAAUUAGGUUUGUGGAGAGCUAACAUUUACUCUGUAGAAGCUGGAGUGUUAAGCUGACAGUGAUAGUGAUAGCAUGUGUGCUCCAAAGAAGUGAAUAUGAAGAAAAGUUAGGCUGGGAAAAAUAUUUGCUGGCAAGGCUUAAAUUCCUUGUGUAAUUUCGUGAGUAGCGUGUUGUACAAUCGAUUUAAGAAAAUGUGUGGAAUGCUUGAAGGCUGUAGAUAUGCAAUAAAUAUUUCCAUAAUCAUUUGUGGCUGGAGUUUGAUAUCUAUAUAAAUUCAUAAUGCCUAAAUUCAUGACUAUGUACUAUGUCCUAUAGCAAGGGUGGAUGACCUUUUUUAGCCCGAGGGCCACAUUACUUUCUGGGCCCUCUUCCACGAGGAAUCCACAUGCCAGUGGUGGGUAGGGCCAGAGCAAAACUGGUCAGGGCAGUGAAUAUAUGGUACAUUUUACCUUUGUAUAAUAGGCUGGUUUCUACAUAUACCCCCACAACUCCCUCUAUCCUCUAUUUAGGCAAGCUAGGCACAUGAUUAGAAUUCAAAGACCCAUUUGAGAAAGGCAAGUACACUUGAGCAGAGUGCAAAGCAUGACUGUGGAAAGGGUGUGUGACCUGGGGAGGAGGGCCAGACAAAAGAGGUCUAGAUUGGCAUCUGAGGUUCCCAUCCCUAUCCUAGGAAAUCAAGGUAAUAAAGAAGAAAAAAGAGCAAGUAUUCCAAACAGCUGGACCAUAAAGAAGGCUGAUCGCCGAGGAAUUGAUGCUUUUGAAUUACGGUGCUGGAGGAGACUCUUGAGAGUCCCAUGGACUGCAAGAAGAUCAAACCUAUCCAUUCUGAAAGAAAUCAGCCCUGAGUGCUCACUGGAAGGACAGAUCCUGAAGCUGAGGCUCCGAUACUUUGGCCACCUCAUGAGAAGAGAAGACUCCCUGGAAAUGACCCUGAUGUUGGGAAAGAUUGAGGGCACAAGGAGAAGGGGACGACAGAGGACGAGAUGGUUGGAUAGUGUUCUCGAAGCUACCAGCAUGAGUUUGACCAAACUGCUGGAGGCAGUGGAAGACAGGAGUGCCUGGCGUGCUCUGGUCCAUGGGGUCACGAAGAGUCGGACACAACUAAGCGACUAAACAACAACAAAUUCCAAACAGACAUUGUUCAACCAACAUAACUGCCUUGAGGUAGACACCACACAGUAUUUUAGCUCAGCUGGUAAGAGCACAGUGCUGAUAAUACCAAUGCCAUGGGUUUGAUCCCCAUAUAGGUGCAUAUUUUGGCAUUGCAGGGUGUUGGACUAGAUGAUCCUUCGGGUCCCUUCCAACACUUCAGGUUUUUUAUUCUAUGCAGUAUAUAGGACUUCCUGGUUCACUGGGUGAAACGUUUUGUCUCUUACAUUUCAGGGUAAAAUCAUGACUGUUUAUGGGUUUAUGGGAUUAGAGCAGAGGCAAUUGUAUUUCAUCCAGCAGAGCUUUACUGCUACUGAAGGCAAAUGAGCAUAAUGGUCACAAAUCCAAUGCAUUCAGGAUUGGCCCUGUCCAUAAGAAAUCCAUUUGCAGCAGACCUAACUUAAACUUGCAAUAACUUAUAAUAAGUCUAAACCUUAACACUAAGCAUAUUAUGUACAGAGCACCACACCAGAAGGAAAAGAGAUAGAAAGAGAAAGUGAAACCCAGGCUGGUUCUGGCCUUACUUUUAUAGUCAGCAUGACCUUGACAGAAAGAGAUAAGAGAACCAGUUUAAGCCAACUGUACUCAGCUUCUCUGAAGGAAUAACACAAACAUCAUGAACCUUCUGCUUGCUUCUUUCACGCAGAGAAGCUUCCAGAACCCUCUUGAAUUAAGUGGAAUAGGAAGUUCUCUACACAUCAGAUCGAUACUUUCUGCACUAAGAAAUGUAAACAGAAGAACUGUUUUGGGUAGUAGAAGGUUUGCUAUAAAGGAGCAGGGAGGCCAGAGGAUUAUCCCAAUGCGACAGUUUUGCUAGACAUGUUUCAGACACUUGCAUCUUCUCUGUUUGGGAAUCACUUGCAGCAACCAUCAUCAACAUAGCUGGGGCUAUGGGAGAAACAGUACCUUUUGGGGGCGUUAAUGAUGUGAACUCAGGUUUUAUAUUUGUGUGAAUAAACCAUAUGUCACAGCCUCCGCUGUACCUCAUUUCCAAAGGAAACACAAACUCUGGUGAAAUGCAUGGAACUCAUGGAAUCUCACACUGCCUGGCGAUUGGGAUGGCGUGCAACAAUAUUUUGUGGCUCAGUGAGCUUGGCAGUUGCCACUUUUCCUUCUGAAUGUACAUAGAUUGUCUCGACUGUCAUGAAAAUGUUUGUUAAUUUUUUUUCAGAUUUUAUGAAGUUAGGAGGGUUUAUCUUUGCAACUGUCUGUGCCUGGUACUUUGGAUCCCUAUUGGCAUCUAUUAUACCUGAAGACUCCUUAGCAUCAGCUUUCAACGACCUUCAGAACAUUGCUGAGAAACCAAAACUUAAAGGUAUGUGAUCACAUUCUCCUGGAUGUAUUUUAAUAUUCUAAGGCACAUGGUUAUUUAAGUAGAAGUUUUGUAAAAAAAAAAUAAUGACUUCUGUCUCAUGUGCUACCCAAGUAAAAAUGGUCUGAUUAUUUAGUAGAGUAAAUCCCACCCCUUCAGACUGUAAGAAUAGUUCUUUGCCUCUACCUGAAAUAUGCAAUCAUUGCUGCACCACAUCUGCUCUCUACAUCUCCUUGAUUGUUAAAGGAAGCACCUGACCUUAACAUUUACCUCAGUCUUUCCUCACCCAUGUUCCAGUUCACUGACUGCAAAACAUUGAGGGUGAUCAGAUAAAAGAUCUGGGUUGGCAGCAGCCACAGGUUUGAGGAAACUAUAUUGUUUGACAUCAGCACUGGUUAAGAUGACUUGUCACAUGAAUAAGAAAAACCUGCUAUACUUAACAGUUAUAAUUUACAACAUGACAAAAUAAAUGUUGGCCGCAAUCCAAAGUGGAGUUAAACAUGGUCAGACCAAUUACCGAUAAUUUUAGUGGACAUUAGCAUGCUUAGUUGUGUGUUGGGCUUCAACUAUGAAUGAUGGUUGCCCAGUAUUCAAAGGCCUUCCUAUCUAAUGUACUUUUCAGCACCACUCCCGAAAAGACUGAAAUGUGACCACUGGUCUCCAUGUUCGCCUGGGAGCUAUGCUUAUCGCAUACUCAGUGGUGGUGGUCAGAAGUCCAUCGCCAAGAUCUGUUUUGAAGAUCAGCUGUGAGUACUGAACAACACUUAAGGCCAGCGUUGCCAUUUAUUUAUAACAGAGUCCAUUGGACCUCCAGUGGUAGUUGUAGUGGUAUGAGAAGGUAGGAAGUUUUAACACUAUUAAAACUAGGGAGGGGCCAUAGACAAUCACUCCAACUGCUGCAUGCCUUUCCUCUCCAUCUGUAGGUGCUUCAGUGUACAAGUAUAGACACAGUAUAUUUUUAAUUCAAGGCAUUCCUUACUUAAAUUUCAUGCAUUCCUUUUGGGGGGAAAGAGGGCCCUUUUGGGGGAACUGUACCAAACUCCCCAACCACCUUGACUUGGGCCUUUGGGGAAUUAAUAUAUAGACAGUCAUGGACUACACGGGGCAGUGGUCUCAUUCUGUACAAGGCAGCUUCCUGUGGAUAUGAUUUUCGGAACCUUCACACUAUUUUUAUUACAAUUUUUUAAUUGUCUUCAAAACCAACAUCUCAAGGCAAUUUACACACAAGAUAUUUAUAAACAGUUUAAAAAAAAAACUUUUGAGAAACAGACUAAAAUUCUAGCAAAUGGACGCUUGCAAAUACUUUACCCAUUUAUCCAGCUAGGAAUAAAGCUACAGUUCCCGUAGAAAAGGAUGCAAUGAGAGUGAAAUUGGUUUAAAGUUGGCUUACUCAACUAUUCAAGUGUUCCAAUGAUUAAAUGGCUAAUGGUGUUGUUUUGUCACAAAAGUGGGUUGUUGUUUUCCAUUAGUGCAUUGAUGCUACAAUCCUAAACACGCUUAAGGUAGGAGUAAGUUCUAUUGAAAAAGGUGAGACCUGCUCCAAAUAGACUACCCACCCUACACCUGAUGUGAAACGUGGCAGAAGGUGAGGGCAGUAAUUUCAAGGAAACCACUGGGAGCUUAAAGUGAGCUUUUAAUGGUUCCUUUGCUGAAGCUAGGUGCACGCCCAAUGUCCAUCAUGGGUAUUGCAAGUACUGUACACCUUGUUUCAGCAGGGCAAAGCAGUUUCCAUUGAAACCACUGUUAAAAUGAGGGGGGGGAUAGGGUAUCCAUUUUAGCAGUGUUUCAACAGAAGUUUCAAAAAGCAGCAUGGAACUGUUAGAAAGCCUUAUUGCAAACAAAGGACAGUGAGUGGGCUGAUUUAAAGACCAGUGUGGGGCUGUUUGCAAAAGGGCUUUCAAAAAGCCCCACACUGUGCUUCAAAGUCCUGACAGAGUGGGGACAGAGUUUAACAUCACCCUCUACUGUUAUCUCAUUAUUAAAUACCACAGGAAAGCACCUCCUGUCUGCCAUAUUUCCCAGAUAAACACUUUGUGUUUCCAUUUCAGACUUAUGAGCAAAGAAAGUAAAAAUGUUGGAAGAGGAAUAAAUGUUGCCAUUGUGGACUGUGAGUAAAAAGACACAAUCCUGUAUGUGCUUUUUUAAAGAAAUAAAAAUGCUAUGUCAAAGUGGCUAUGAGACUGUGAACCAAGAAAACAAUACUGGGAAUCUCGUCUCUACCAUUAACUCACUCUGGUGGCCUUGCCUUGGCCUGUCUGCCAUGAUUGCCAUAAGGAUUGCUGAGCUACUGUCUUGAAAGUGUUUGAGCACCCAUUAAAAGUGCUCUUUAAAGACUUUAGUGGCCAUUAUAAAAUUUAUAAUUUACAACAGUGAUACCUCACCUGCUUUGUCUCAUUUAUAGUGCUUAUCAUAGAUUUUCCUGAGUGCUCUUCCUUUUGCACACAACACAACUUGUAAUUCAGUGAGUUUUAUAAGGAGCCAUGGAUUCACAGAAUCAUAGAAUUGUAGAGUUGGAGUGGACCACAGGGAUCAUCUCGUGUCCAACCCCCUGCGAUUCAGGAAUCUUUCCUCCAACAUCGGCCUCAAACCCACUACCCUGAGAUAAAGAGUCUCAUGCUUUACCAACUGGACUUUAACUUUUUGUUUGGAUCUUAGGAUUUAUAUCAUUAUAGAUUAGGUGUUUCCUUAGAUAGAAACUUAGCAGUGUAACUGAAAUGUGUUUAUUUUUGGUAUCUUCCCUGCCAACUUUUGCAGUGGUCUAUACCAGGAGCGGGACGCAGGUGGCACUGUGGGUUAAACCACAGAACCUAGAACUUGCCGAUCAGAAGGUCGGCGGUUCGAAUCCCUGCGAUGGGGUGAGCUCCUGUUGCUCGGUCCCUGCUCCUGCCAACCUAGCAGUUCGAAAGCACGUCAAAGUGCAAGGAGAUAAAUAGGUACCGCUCCAGUGGGAAGGUAAAUGGCAUUUCCGUGCACUGCUAUGGUUCGCCAGAUGCGGCUUAGUCAUGCUGGCCACAUGACCCAGAAGCUGUACGCCGGCUCCCUCAGCCAAUAAAGCAAGAUCAGCGCCGCAACCCCAGAGCCGGUCACGACUGGACCUAAUGGUCAGGGGAUGUUUACCUAUACCAGGAGCAGGGAUUUAUUUAUUUUUGGCUCUGGGAUCUUUAUCUGGCCUCACCCCACCGACCAACUUUAGCAGGUGGGUGGGACAAUCCAUUUGUCAGUCUCAUGUCACUUAGAUGUCACAUGAUUGUCAGGUGGAUUGUCUCCCCCUCCCCACACACACACCUGUAGAAAUCCCUUGUAUUCUCCAUGAUCCCGUUUCAGCAUGGGAGAGGAGGGACUGAGCACUCUUUGCAGCACUUUCUUCCACCCUUUUAAAGAUCACAGCUGGAACAAUCUCUCUCUCUUUCCCAAGAUCACAAUGUGUAUGAUAGCAGUGUCUCACACAAAAUGUAACUGACCUGUAGAAAAGACUCUAUAAACUGAAAACAAAGACGCUGUGUGUACCUUUCUUAUCUAUGGAAAUCUUUCAAUGAAAACAUUUUAAGCAGGAGGGACAGCGAUGGACGACUGCUGCAAAGGGUGUGUGCUUUAAGUCAGUCCCCGCUAUAUCACACCUGUGCACUGAAGAAUGGACCUGAGCAACAACAAAAGUGCCUGUUUCCUCACUGCUGUGUGACAGAGCAGUUUUUGUCAGAGCUGAUGUCUAAAGUAGACAUAAGCUCCAGUGUCAGGGACAGUGCUUUCUUGCAGCAGUGAAGAGAACAAAACUCCAAUAAAAGCAAACAGACCAUUUGUUUUGUAAAGCCUUCCCCAUGCUGAUCCUUUGGGAAGGUUGGAGGGAUCAACGCGGGGUGGACUUUCCAAGAAGGUCCCACACAUCAGCUGAACAUCAUCAGUGGCGCCAUCUGAUUGGUUUGGGGAGAAAGGCCUCAUGGGCCAAAUUAGACCCACAGGUGGGCCUGGAUUGACUCAAAGGCCAGAGGUGCCCACCUUGCCUACACAUAGAUGCACAGACCUGCAUACAUGGUGCAUGAUGUGUGCUUAUUGCCCUCUUCGUUCUAAACUAAACAUUUUUGUUUGGGAGAUUUUGGAAACAUUUUUUCUAUCUUGUUUUCUUUCAUUUUUUUUAAUGCAUUCUCUUCCUUACAGAUAACACUGGGAAGCUUGUUGAUGCAAAAUCUUUUGACAUGUGGCAAGGAGGUAAGAGGCAUGUCUAUGUUCAAUAUUGUUAUAAAGUGUCUGCCAAAAACCCUCAUGCAGUUAUGACACUUAUGCAGAGCAUGUCUACAGCAGAUUGUUUGGAUCAUGGACAUACGACUCAGCCUUUACUGAGGCUCCCAUCCCAAGCACUUUCUCUAUAUUGCUGCUUUUCCUUCAGUGGAAGAGAGACAUUGAGUUGGAAGGCAAGAGUUUUGGGGGGAAGGGAUGUCAGGGGAAGGGACAAUCCCUUUUCCAGUUCGCUGGAACUGAGACCACCCUGUUCUACCCACGAGUGAAACUUUACUCAAAUUUUUCUUGGGUCCUGCCUUGUCCGAAAAGAGCAAGAAUACAAUGUUUGAGGGGGAAAUAGCACAUUUAUGUAGGUUUCUCUCCCCACUGCCAUUAACAGCAUUCUCCAGACCACUGGCUGAUUUUGUCCAAAAAGCACCCCAGAAAUCUCUGCUCCUGAUGGUGACCUAUGAUGAUGGAAGCUCAAGGUAAGCAAACAGAUUUAUGGCCCUGUUUUUAACAUAGCUAGUGGUUUCACUUUGCAGACUUGAGAAAUAAGGUAGCAAAAUAUGUGGUGGUAUGAUAAAUUUUACCUCCCAUCUUACCACUGUUACGGUAAAAUCUGGGUGCGAGGCUACUCUGCCACCCAGCUCGUCGGACUAAGUCCGCGGGUCCCUGCGGAAGAAAAUGAGCUCAGCCGGAGACAGGAGCAAACUGCAGAAGAUCCAAGUUUAUUGCGCAACAGGUUCAAGGCGAGAUUGAACAGCGAGAAAGGGGUGACAUGAACUUUGAAAUUUCCCUCCAUGUCCCAGAAUACAGUGCAAAAUACAUCCCAGUUACAUCAUGAAUACAUUAAGAAGAGGUUGGGUUACACAGAUUACAUCACGAAUACAUUAGGAAGAGGUUGGGUUACACCGGAUUAACAUAUGGAGGAGGGAGGGGGGAAUAUGCAGAGCUGGAGAUAUGCGCAGAUAAGCACAUCCUGAGAAGACAAUGGUCCAUGUAUGCAUAGUCUGUCACCUGGCAUCGCCCGGAGGAAGGGCUUGGCAGAGCGAUUUGACAGGAUUAGGGUCUUGGAGGACAGGGGAGGUGUCAUGGAGUCCUAGAGAAAUUGAGCAAAUUGGCACGUUGAUUUUCUAUGAAUUUUAUAGAUUUUAGUCCCUUUUGACAUUGACAAUUGGAAAUAAAUGGAUAUAUUGUAGCGAAGAAGGAGGUGAAGAAGACAUGCCCCCCCCUUCCGUAUCACCAAAUACACUUGAAUUUUCCUAUACAGUAUACAUACAUGGACCCCUUGGAGGCCACAGUCUGGUGUUCAUGUCAUAUUUUGAGGAAUGUGUUAAAUAUUGGCUUCAAAACUCAUUUCCUCAAGCAGUUGUUUAAAAUUCUAAAUUUAUUUUUUAAUAUUUCUUUUUCUUUUAUUUUUAAUUAUAUAGCACCACAACAAACAACAGGUUAUAAAAUACACUGAGACAGAGGGUAUCUUGAGGCAUUGUAACAUAAGAACUCAAAGAUUUCUAUAUGAUCCAGAUACAGUCUUACCUUAGAAGUCAAACAGAAUCCGUUCCAGAAGUCUGUCCAACUUCCGAAACGUUCGACUUCAAAAGCAUGGCUUCUGAUUGGCUGCAGGAAGCUCCUGCCUCCAAUUGGGAACUGUGGAAGCCCUGUCAGACAUUUGGCUUCCAAAAGAACAUUAGAAAACCAGAACAAUCACUUUUGGUUUUUGAUCGUUCGGGAGCUGGUACAUCCAAUUCCCACGGCGUUUGGGAGCUAAGGUACGACUGUAAUUAACUUCUAAACUUCACUUAGACUUCUAAAGUGUCACCUGGUAGCAUCAUGACUGAUGUGACUGAUAUAUAUUCGGGGGGUGGGGUGGAGCAGGAACAUAGGGGAACUGAGUUCCUUUAUCUUUUUUUGAAUUAAAUAAUUAUUUUUUUUGUUCAGGGGUUGGGGCUGGAAUGAUAUACACUCAAUGCCUGAGCCAAAAAUCCACCUAUAUCUCUAAUCACUAAAGUUGUGGCCAUUUGUAAUCCAGAUCAUUGUCUGCUUGAGUUUAUUACGUAAUCACAUCUUACAUUUAGCCACUGCCUCGUGUGUGUGAGUGUGGUAGUGCAAUUGGCCCUAAAUAAACAAACAAACUUACUUCAUAUUGAGUACCCCCUCCUUUCCCCCCAGAAAAAAAAAGCACUAGAUAUACUUGUGCAAUCAUUAGUUUUAUCCGUUUGCAUAAUUUUAAAACAGGAACACAAUAUUUCUCUGAUGCAGAAACUUGAUACCUUAUGCUGGCUUUUUUGGAUCCUUUGUUCCUAAGGGAUUGCCAACAACUUGUUCAUGUUAUUAUGUAUUUUAAGGGUGGCUUUAACAGAAUAAAUAAGACUGGUAGUGUUGCAAGCAGGUGAUAAGGUGAUGCAUGGAAAUGAAUCCAUUUAAUUCAGUGGGAUCUUUUUCUGAGUAGACAUGCUUAGGAUUAUGCUAUUAAUGCUCUUUAUUUCUAUGUGCUAAAGAAAACAUUUUGGGAAGAAAUGAAAUCUGAAUAAGAAUAUCGGAAGAAAUCUAUCCUAUCCUAUUCAGACUUUAGCUUUUAGCAAACAUGAGUUGUCAAAGGUACAAAAUUCGGAUUAAUCCUUUCUCUCUCACAUAGGUUAAUGGAGGAUGCGAGAAAGGCAAUAGCAGAUCUAGGAAGUAAAGAAAUAAGGAAUUUGAAAUUCAGGUCAAGCUGGGCCUUUAUAGCAGCAAAAGGUUUUGAACUGCCAGCCGACACACAAAGGGAAAUGGUAAGACUUGUGUAAAUUAAGAGACUCAAAAAUGUAUAUGGAUGUAGAUAACACUUGCUGGAACCGCAGAACUUUAAAUACUGAUGUGUUUCAUGUAGUCUAGCUAUGUUCUACGAUGGACAUCCAAACAAAUGAAAUAAAAGCUAUCCAUAUUGGCUAACUUACAGUAAUGGAACCAUAGAAUUAGAGAGUUGGGUCAUCUAGUACAACCCCCUCCAAUGUGGUAAUCUCAACUAAAGCAUCCCUGAAAGAUGGCCCCUCCGACCUCUGCUUAAAAAUAUCCAAUGAAGGAGAGUCCACCAGCUUUUGAGGGAUUCUGUUCUCCUGUCAAACAGCUUUUACUGUCAGAAAGUUCUUCCUGAUGUUUAGCUGGUAUCUCCUUUCUUGUAACUUGACUACAUUGGUCUGAGUCAUCCUCUCUGGAGCAGGAGAAAACAACCUUGCUUCAUCUUCCAUGUGACAGCCCUUAAGGUAUUUGAAAAUAGCUCACCAUAUCCCCUCUCAGUCUCUUCUUUUUAUCAGGCUAAAUAUGCCCAACUCCCUCAACCGUUCCUCAUAAAGGCUUGGUUUCCAGACACUUUAUCAUAGGGUCACCCUCCUCUGCACACAGUAACUUAACUAAUAUUAUGAGAGUAUAUUACCGUCCACUUUUGUAACAGAGAGCCAGUGUGGUGUAGUGGUUAAGAGCGGUAGUCUCAUAAUCUGGGGAACCGGGUUCGCGUCUCCGCUCCUCCACAUGCAGCUGCUGGGUGACCUUGGGCCAGUCACACUUCUUUGAAGUCUCUCAGCCCCACUCACCUCACAGAGUGUUUGUUGUGGGGGAGGAAGGGAAAGGAGAAUGUUAGCCGCUUUGAGACUCCUGAAGGGGAGUGAAAGGCGGGAUAUCAAAUCCAAACUCUUCUCUUCUUCUUAAAAUCAGAACAGGGCCUUAUUAGUUUAGCAUCUUUACCAUAUACCACUUAAUUGUCUGAUUUCUUUCUGCUACUUAGUAUGUCUUGCUGCAGAAACAAAAUAGAAUUAAGAUGUUGCAAAAAAAAAAGAAACCUACCAAAACAUUAACUCUUAAAGUCCAAGAUUAAGCUCCAUAUUCCCUUAUUAGGAGGUGGUUCUUUGAAUUAAUAGGCAAUUACAGUCAAUAUUUGAUUUAGUUUUUUUAAAAAAACAAAAACGCCCUGAGAAAGUUUAUUGAUUCACUUUCUAAAUUCGUUUCAGUUGCUUUACUAUUUCCAUCCUGCAUGUCCUUAAAAAGCUCUGGCUAGGUAUCAUGGCCUAUACACCCCCCAAAUGUAUCACAUGCUCAAAAGUUUACUCUAGUGUUAGCUCCUCUCUGCUCUACUCCAGAGGCUCCUUAAUUUUAAAGGGAGAGGAAGCUGGAAGUGUUUUCAAUCCUGACUCCUGUCAAACAGAUGCUUAUAUCAAAGAUGCCACAAUAUAUGGCAUACCCCUUAGCAGGAGUGCUCCUGUUUAGAUAUUUGCCCCAGGAUAGUAUAAGGUAGCUAGGGGUAUACAGGCUGCCCACUGACUUUCCUUUCCUUCCUGGUCUCUCUCCAUUUUUUGAAUGUACAGUCGUACCUUGGCUCCUGAACACCGUGGGAGUCGAACAUUCUGGCUCCUGAUCGAAAACCAGAAGUGAGUGUUCUGGUCUUUUUUUGGAAGCCGAAUGUCCAGCAUGGCUUCCGCUAUUGUUUCCAGCACACCUGUGCAAUCGGAAACCAAUCGGAAACCGUGCCUUGGUUUCCGAACAUUUCGGAAGUUGAACGUACUUCCGGAACGGACUCCGUUCGACUUCCAAGGUACGACUGUAAUGUCAAAAUACAGAUACAUUGUAGUAGACGUUAUAGAGGAAUGCUAUGAACUGGACAUGGGGCUGUCCUUUCUGACGAUACCCAAACAUAUAAUACCUAGUUUUUUGCCUGAAUAUUCUCAGUCAGAAGUGGAAAGGGGUUGUGCUCAAACAUGAUCUCAAUUGUGGGUCCCCUGUUUGGCAAAUACCUUUGCCAAAGCUAUCCCACUUUGCAGCACACUCCCAAGCCCUUUUGAUGGAGCCAAAAAAACCAUGUGGUUCUCAUGAACUGAUCUAGAGAAAUCGGCUUUAGCGUUUUCUUUUCUCCAUAAGCUUAGUGAUAAAAGGGGUGGGUUGCUUCCAUUGUGUAUUUUGGAACGUAGGAAGCUGCCCUAUGCUGACUCAGAUCAUUGGUCCAUCUAGCUCAGUAUUGUCCACACUGACUGGUAGUUGCUGUUUAUGGUUCCAGACAAGAGUUAUUCCCAGCCUUAACUGGAGAUGCCAGGAAUUGAAUCUGGGACCUUCGGAAUGCAAGGAACAUGAGCUGCAGCUCUUCCCCAUUCCAAAGUGCCCCCCCCCCACUUGUGGCUGAUUGGAAGCCACACUAUUUUCUCUUGUUAUGGCAAUAAUAGAUAGACUUUCACAAUUACAUUAUUUUGAAGCCAUAAACUGAAUUGCUAUUUAUACGUCUCUUUUAAACAGAUCAACCACUCUGAUGCGAAAAAGAAUCGAUAUAAUGGCUGGCCAGCUGAAGUCCAGAUAGAAGGCUGUAUUCCAAAAAACUAACGGUCUGGAUUCUCCAGUUAAGAUGUACCAACAAAGGAGUGCACUGCAUUUUUACCAUAUGAUCUCAGAAUGAUUUGUUUGCCAUACUUAGGAAUGUCUUUGGCCAUGAAAUUGCCCAUGCUUUUCCACAAUACUAUGAGCUGAGUACAAAUGCAAGGGGAUUGUGGCUGCUUAGUUCAUUCCCCGGUUCUCCUGUUCAUCUGCUGCUGUGAGUUAAGCACAUCACACAAACCCGGGCUCAUGGUUUGUCAGAGAUAUAAACCCAAGAAAAACCUUGGAUAUAACGUGGUUUGUCUGGAGCAGGACAAACCGUGAGGCCAGGUGUGGGCAACACACUGGCUUUGCAAACCACUGCAGCAGAGCAGGAGCACAAUCUUCUCUCUGGGAGCUCAGCUCACACAUUCACACUUUGGGUAUGUUCACAUUAGUGGCUUAAAAUGCAGCGCGCUAGCCGUCGGGGAGGUGGGCUCAGGCUGGGCCUGGGUUCAGCCGCAUGUUUCCUCGUGGCCUCCGUCUGCCCUCCUACGUCUCCUCCUUUCCCUUGGCGGCAGCAGCGCAAUGGCGGGGCAGCAGGGUCAGGGCUUCUCCUUUCCCCCUCCGUGCUCACUCCUGGGUCCCUCCGGCCCAGGAGCUCCAGAUGCGGGUGCCCCCGGCACCCACACGACAGCGGUGGUGGUGGCGGUGGUCCCAGCGACUUGGAAGCUGGCCAGGCAGCACAAGCAACACUGGCCGCCCUCAGGAGCUCCGCGGCGCCAUGCGCCAUGCUGCCUCCUUUUGAUUCUUCACCAGACACACUUGAUCUUUUAUGUUUCUCUACUGCUGGAACUGCCACCUCCGCGCCAACAGCCUAUUCAUUAAGCUGUCAUCUUUGCAUGUGCGGUGAUUGUCUCAAUUGUUCACAUUCUCACCACAUUACUUUCAUUGAAACAUCUUAAAGCCAAAUCUAGUCAUCAUGACGCUGGUAGUUUCAUGGCUUCACGGUUUUAUACUUGAAUGUAUAUGCAUCUAUUACUCUGGAAUAAAUAAAAGGAUUUAAUUUUUAAAAUUAGCGGUGUAGUAUUUUAUAUAUAAAAUGUGACAGAAACAUCAUGAAUUCAGUAAAUUGCUUGGGA